AUGCGCGUUUUGAUUCCCAUCGCGAUUCUAUCAUCGGCGAUGCUUAUUCGGCACAAGUGUGCGGCGAUCUCCGACGCUUCGGCUCUGAUGAGAAAAGUUGUUCCUAAAAAUGAGAACAUAAUGGAAAUUCUGUAUACCGAAUUCAAACGAACGAUGUUCAAUUACGUUAAUCAAGCUGUUAUCGUGGGAGGUUCGAGCGACCAACUGAUCAUGGCGAAACCGUUGAUGAUGGGGAAUUCUUUCUUUGUCGGUACAAAUUUGCAAAGUAUCAUGGCCACGAAGUUUCAGUUCACUCCGAACGCUCUUAUAUUAGUUUUUCCGAAAAGCGUGGACGAGAAGCACGUGAAGAGUCUGGGUGAGGAUAUUUGGAACUCUACGUCACUCAACUGUUAUUUCAUAUACGAAGGAGAGGCCACGAUGAAAGAAAUCAACGCGAUUCUCAGCAUUCCAGCCGGAUUCGGUGAACAUAUUCCGAGAGCGAGCUACCGCUUCUUCGUACAUCACGACGGGGAAACGGUGAAAUUUUACAAAAGAGAAUUCACGGUCAACUGUUCGAUGGAACCCGUAAUGAUCCUGAAUUAUUCAAAAAAACGCAGCAUCAGAACGCUGAAAAAGUUCUAUAUUAAUUUUUCGGACAACAAGGGCUGUCCCGGUACGGUAGUCACUCGUCAUAUUCCUCCAAGAAUGAUACUGGACAAGCAGCCGAACGGUGAAUUGAAAAUUAUCGGCGGUUACGAAGGAAAUAUGGUGAUGGAAUUAGCCGCGGUGUUGAACUUUUCGCCCGAAAUCGAGCUAGUCGACGUCUACAACGAAGAAGAGAAAACCAAUGGAACGCAUUUGGGGAAGCGUAGAUCGUCGUCGUCAAUCGUAAUAAUCGUUAACGGUAUCCGAACUUCUCUAAGUAUGAACGAAAAUUACGAGUUCUCCGUUCCGUACGGUCGACAGUGCGCCAUUUGGUGCGUUCCAAGAAUCAGGAAGUCGAGGUACGCCAUCGUCGUUGAUGAAUUUUCGAAUGGCACUUGGGCCUUGAACGCGAUAAUCUUCGUACUCCUCACCGCAGUUUUCGGCGUCAUCAGAAUCAAAAAUUCCACCGAAAGAGGUGCGAUCGGCAAUACGGCCCACUUUUGCUCGGCGUUUUUUUACAUCUAUUCCCUGAGUCUCGGUAAUUCUUUGCCCCGUCAAUCGAUAUCCGUUGAUUUCAAGAAAUUUUUAUUAAUGUGCCUUCUCUACUCGUUGAUAAUGAACACGGCGUACAAGAGUUCGUUGGCUUCGAUAUUGUUCUCGGACAUCGAGAGGUCGACGAUCAUAGACGCGGAGGAAAUUUUGAAGGCGAAUUUAUCCGUGGGUGGCGAUUUCGCGGGACUUCACCUACUCCGCGAACAAGCCGAGGACGACGCUACUAUACGGGAAUUGAUAAAGAGAUACGUCGUCUACAACGACACUCUGGCCGCCCUCAGGAGAGUAAUCUUUGACAAGGACUUCGCCUUGCUCAUCAUGAAUCGUGAUCUGAGCUAUUACGCCGUUAGGUUUAUCGAAAUUUAUAACGCCCCUUUGACAUUCGACGUGAUCAGAGGCUGCGUACUGUCCUUCAAUACCGCUAUUGCCCUGCCGAAGGGAUCUGGAUCGACUGCGGCGUUCAGUAAAUCUAUAAGCUAUUUCGCACGAUCCGGGCUUUUGGAUUAUUGGUGGAAUGAACCGUACGUCAGGCAUGAUUUCAAGCCAGGAAGCAAUCCGAGGACCACGCAGAAGGGACGUGAUUAUUACUACCAAACUUUCGUAGUCUGCGCCCUACCUCUGAGCGCUUCUAUUUUGGUGUUCUUCGGUGAACUUAUUUAUCACAAAUUUCAGAUGCGGGGGAAAUCGGUCAAAAGUUUGACUAAAUAACUGAAAAUUUUGUCGCACGUUUGGUGGUAGUUUUUAGUGUGUUUCGUGAUUGGACAGCACCUGCGCGUGACCUUUGCUCCAUUUUUCUGCCGUUGCUUAUCUGAUUGUUAUCCCUUUUCGAAUAUUACGGGUAGGCUGUUUUUCGAACAAGAGCUUUUCUGUGAACGAUAAUAAAUAAAUGUCAAUUGAGAG